AUGUCUAUUCCCGCUGAAGCCCGAAAAUUGUUGGAAGAGUUCAGUUUGCCUGCAGAUUUUUUGUCGGAUUCUUCGCUGAGCGAUGUCCCAAGUGACUUGGACGUCGAUUGCCAUGAUUCCUCUGCCCCUGACCCGCACCCUCACAUUACAUUGUCACUGCCGCAAACUCCUUGUCUGGCACAUCAAUCUUCCAACCUCAGCUUAAAAAUUCCUAUCAAUGCCCCGAGUCUGCUUGAACCAGAACCCAAAACACCUCGCCCGAAAUAUCCGAAGCUUUCUCCCUAUUUCCCACGUGUACCAGGCGAUUUUGAAUCGUGUCUUCCAUUUCCCUCAAUUGAUGCGCCUUCUUUCGGACUUGUCCAAGAACAGCUUGCACAUGACCCCUUUCGUUUGCUCAUUGCUACCAUAUUUCUUAACCGCACCCGAGGCGGCGUUUCACUGCCAGUGUUGUUCCAAGUUUUUGAGCGCUACCCAACAAUUGAGGCGAUGGCAGCAGCAGACCUAUCGGAAUUUGUCUCAAUGAUUCGGUGCCUGGGGUUUCAGAAUCAGCGUGCAAAGAAAUGCAUCAGUUUGGCACAAACUUGGCUCAAGGACCCUCCUACCCCAGAAAAGAGAUAUCGAAAACUUCAUUACCCAAAAGAAUCGGACGGUCGAAAUGUUGGCCGGGAUGAAUGCAUAGACAAGGAGGACCUGCGCGUUGCAUGGGAGAUUGCACAUUUACCUGGAGUUGGCGCCUAUUCGCUUGAUAGCUGGCGAAUUUUCUGUCGCGAUGAAUUGCGGCAUUUGGCAUCUGACUGGAAAGGUACGAAUUCGACAGAGGUUGGGUUCGUGCCUGAAUGGAAGUGUGUCUUGCCGCAGGACAAGGAGUUACGUGCCUAUCUUACUUGGAUGUGGCUGAAAGAGGGAUGGAUAUGGGAUCAUAACACUGGAGAUUUGACAGCUGCAAGUGAAAAGACAAUGAGAGCAGCACGAAGUGGUGGGAUUGCUCAUGAAGAAGAGGGAAAUUGGGUACUAGAGACAUCACCGGUUAAGGCUGUGAAUGGAUUACAUUUUUAA